AAAGUAUCGUUAAAUUACAUCUUUACAUAUUUUACAUAUAAAUACAAUUUAUCAAAAAUGACAGUAAUAAUUAAAAAAGAACCUUUUGGGAAAACACAGGAUGGAAAAGAAGUCACAAGGUUCGUGUUCGAAGGUGGUAGGGUGACGGUGGCGGUGCUCGAUUUCGGCUGUGCUAUUCAGUCUGUACACGCCCCGGACAACCAGGGGCGUUUGACUGAUGUCGCUCUGGGAUAUGACCAGGUCCAAGGAUACGAAAAGAAUUUACCGUAUUUCGGAGUGGUGGUGGGGCGGGUUGCGGGACGGAUUGCGGGCGGGAGGUUCUCCAUGGAUGGACAGGACUACUCUCUUACCAUAAACAACGGUCCCAACAACAUACACGGGGGAGUGACCGGCUUCAGUAGGCGCCUUUGGCAGAGCAGCAUUGACGGAAACGUGUUGAAAAUGACGUACAACAGUCCAGAUGGCGAAGACGGCUUUCCUGGUGACGUUAACGUCACCGUUACAUACGAGCUUAGUGAGGACGGCUCGUUAACGCUAGAAUACACUGCAACGUCCAGCAAACCAUGCCCGAUCAAUCUGACUAACCACGUCUACCUGAAUCUGUCGGGACAUAACUCCGACGACGUUUUUGACCACGUUGCCCAGAUUACUGCAGACACGUAUGUUCCUGUCAACAACGACCUUAUUCCUACAGGCGAGCUGUCGCCUGUAGCGGACACGGCGGUGGACCUGCGGCAGCCCACCCGGCUCCGGGAAAGAGAGUUGGCGAUCCGACGAGGGGACCUGGACGUCACUUACUGUGUCGGUCAGAACGGCACACUUAAACUGGUGUCCAGGAUAAGCCAUCCUGAAAGCGGUCGGUUCAUCGAUACAUUCACGACUGAGCCAGGCCUGCAGUUCUACACGGCCAAGUACAUGGCGGACGCUGUGGGCAAGGGAAAUAAGCAAUACCAACCAUUUGCCUCGUUCUGUCUUGAAACACAACACUACCCGGACAGUGUCAACCACAGCAAUUUUCCGAAUACUAUCCUUAGACCCGGAGAGACAUACCGCCAAAAAACAAUCUAUACAUUUGGCGUGGAGUAAUGAGUUCAAAAUGUCGGACGCAUUUCCAGUCGUGUUCGUUUUAGCCGAGCCAAAGGCAUACGUGUGGUAUUUCCUUGGUCAAGUCGUGUCAUUGACGUUGUCUUGUCCAUGUGUACCUCAUCAAUGCUUUGUUUUGCGACCAACAAAAUGAAAAAAAACAAUUAAA